AUGGUCGACAUGCCCAAGGCGCUGCUGGACGAGAUCAAGGAGCUCGAGGAGACCUUCACAGUCGACACGGCUAGGCUCAAGAAGAUUGUCGCCCACUUCGUCAACGAGCUCACUAAGGGCCUCAGCGUUGAGGGCGGCAAUAUCCCGAUGAAUGUUACCUGGGUGCUCGGAUUUCCUACCGGCAAUGAACAGGGUACCUUCCUGGCCCUCGACAUGGGCGGCACCAACCUGCGAGUUUGCGAGAUUGUCCUCUCGGAGGAGAAGGGAGAGUUCGACAUCACCCAGUCCAAGUAUCGUAUCCCCGAGGAGCUGAAGACUGGAACCUCUGAGGAGCUCUGGGAGUACAUUGCCGACUGCGUCCAGCAGUUCAUUGAAUACCACCACGACGGAGAGGAGCUGCCAGACCUCCCACUGGGCUUCACCUUCUCUUACCCCGCAACACAGGACUACAUCGACCACGGAGUCCUGCAGAGAUGGACCAAGGGAUUCGAUAUCGAUGGUGUUGAAGGAGAGGACGUCGUCCCCAUGCUUGAGAGUGCAUUGGAGAAGAAGGGAUUGUCUAUCAAAGUUGCAGCUUUGAUCAAUGACACUACCGGAACGUUGAUUGCUUCCUCAUACACUGAUCCUGAGAUGAAGAUUGGCUGUAUCUUCGGAACUGGUGUCAAUGCCGCAUACAUGGACAACGCGGGCUCGAUACCCAAGAUUGCCCAUUAUAACCUGCCCCCAGACAUGCCCGUCGCCAUUAACUGCGAGUACGGCGCCUUCGACAACGAGCGUGUUGUCCUGCCCCUGACCAAGUUCGACAAGAUCAUUGACCGUGACUCUCCUCGUCCCGGCCAGCAGGCAUUCGAGAAGAUGACUGCCGGUCUCUACCUAGGAGAAAUUUUCCGUCUCGUCUUGAUUGAUAUCAUCGACAACAAGGGCGGCAUUAUCUUCCAGGGCCAGAAGAUCGACAAUCUCCGAAAGCCAUACUUCCUCGACUCUUCCUUCCUCUCUGCCAUUGAGGAGGAUCCGUUUGAGAACUUGUCUGAAACCCGCGACCUGUUCGAGCGUGUCCUUGGAAUCCAGGCUACCAAGCCAGAGCUCGAACUGUGCAGACGUCUGGCCGAACUUAUCGGUACUAGAGCUGCACGUAUCUCUGCCUGCGGUGUAGCUGCCAUCUGCAAGAAGAAGAACAUCCAAUCCUGCCAUGUUGGUGCUGACGGUUCAGUCUUCAACAAGUACCCCCAUUUCAAGCAGCGAGGUGCCAAGGCCCUUCGUGAGAUCCUUGACUGGGCCGAUAACGAGGACGACAAGGUAGUCAUGAGCUCCGCCGAGGACGGUUCUGGUGUUGGAGCUGCUCUCAUUGCUGCCCUGACCCUCGAGCGUGUCAAGGCUGGCAACUUGGCUGGUGUCCGGAACAAGGAGAACAUAAGCCAGAUGCUCAAGGGUUAG